AUGGCGCCAUUCACGUUUGAUAUGCGGAAUGUUUCCAGGGCCCUCAAUAGGACCGAGAUGGGAGAGACGAACGAUAACCCAAGGCAAGAGCUCGCUGCAAUUUACCGGCGGUUGACAGAGGUCGAUCCGACCUUCAAGAAAAUCAUCAACCACCACCCCGAACUUAGCCUGGAGAACUGGAAAGCGCGGACGAAGGCAAAGACAAACGAGCUCGGCCCUUACUCGGAUCUAAUCGAACAUGGAUUUGCUCUUCGCGCACACGUUCACGGCAUUCUCAACCCGACGGACAGCAGGCUUCUUAACUUGCCCUUCGAGCUCCUGGAUCAGAUCUGUUCUCAAGUCGACACCAUUUCGGCACGCGAAACCGAUUUCACCUGGGCGCAACCACACAAGAGGCGAAAAGUAGACAUCGAAACUCUCCAGUCCCUUCGCCUGACUUGCCGCCGUCUCUGUGAGGCAGCAUCCCCUUACUUGGUUCCUACCAUUGCGGUCCAUGUCACACGGAAAUCCCUCGAUCGUCUGAACGCGAUUUCCCAGCAUGCGACCAUCGGACGAGGCGUGCGCUGCAUCCGCAUCCCGCUGGGCUUCUACGAUGCACUCGCGGCAUUCGCACAUGAAAACUUCAUUCUCUUGGCGAAACACGAGCUCCGGAACAAGUUCCGGAGGGAAUUCUCGCAUGGGAUGACGCGACUCAUUGGGAAAGCCUACGAUACAUACACUCGCCUCGAGGCUGAGCAAAAGCACCUUCGCGAUGACAGAUGGCACAGCUUCUCCGAUACUGUAUCAUUUGCAAUGAAGCGAAUGCCGAAUGCGACGAGACUGGAGAUGAGCGAUUCGUUUGAAUCGCAGUGGAUUCCGCCCGAGGGAGACGCCCUCGUCAAUGACGACGAACUUUACCAGUUCCUCAUAACUCCUCACCGAUGGGAGCACGUAGCCACAUCGGUUGCUCAACUUGAAGAUGACCUCAUGAGCGCUCGACGGCCUUUCGAAUUCAUUCCAGGAAUUCUUGGAGCUACUGGCGUCUUCCUGACACGAUUUGCUGUGCGAGUUAGUCCGAUGCACUUUUGGGAUGCAUUUGAGACAGUGGGGGAUGAGCAGACACUAGAUGAAUACACUUGGGUUACUGAACAGCUCCGGUGCUUCGAAUUCACGAGCAAAUAUACGCUCAGCGAUGGCCCUUCUAGAAGACCUCAGGUUACCUGGUCGAAGUUCCACGAUGCGGCUGAGUUUGAAGGCUGUGGGAAGCUGCUCAGUGUUCUUACCACGACGGACAGUCUAGAGCGCAUCUCGAUCGACUUGGAGGAGUUCAGCCGCGACGCAGACACAAUCGAAAUCGGACCACAAAAGCCGUGGCAUUUCAACUGGUUUGUCCGAACGCAACCAUGGCCCAAUCUCCAACGACUCACACUUUCGAACGUGCGUCUCAGCUCUCAAGACUUUGCCGUUCUUCUUGGCGAUAGAGAGAUAGAACUUAGUCCUAGCUCUGUUGAGAUGGUUCAGGGUACGUGGGAGGAGACACUGGAUAUGUUGCGGCGCAAGACCGACGCGAAACAGCGGGGAGAGCAAGGUCUCGAGCCGCUUAGAAUUAUGGCUUUGACAAGUCUGUCUGGGGCUGAGUGCAAGGAGAUGGGCGAAGACGAGUACCGCGUCCCAAUCUCCAAAACUCCAGCAAUUCGCAUUCCGACUUCCUACUUAGUAAGUUAG